UGCGUGCGGUCUGCGGUCCACCGCCAAAUUCAAACAGCGGAAGAAAGAAACAACAGCAACAGGCAGCUGGAGCAGACGAUUCUCACAACUACUGAGGUAAGCUGAGUGAACAUGGCAUCUUCAAUGAUGGAUGGAGUAGGUAAAGCAGUAGUGGGAGUGUGGCGUGCGCAUACGGUCCUGGAUGAGUCUGACGGUGCAGAGAGCUCCCCGGAAGCUCCCGACCGUUUCCGCAAGCUUCGCUCUUCAUCUUCACUCAAUUCUCUCCGAAUGACUUUGCGAAAGAGGCUCCCACUACGUUCCGUCCAGACCAACUCCCUCCCAGAAAAUCCAACUUGGGAAACCAAGAAGGAUUGGUCCAAGAAGGAAACCAAGAAGGAGCAGCCGAAGCCCAACGCCGUCCACAAACUCACACGCAGUGCUCGGAACUCCAUCACCGACGUAUAUCAGAGGAUGCAGAGGACAAGAGAGUUUUCACGUGAGGAGUGUUUGGUAGCGACCCCAGGUCAGACAUGUGAAGGGGAAGAACCUGGUGCAUCAACUUCUCAUACCCCAAGACGAACACCCAGACGCACGCCCGGCCGAGCUGCAACACCCAGGCGCACCCCCAGAUCAGCUGUCACACCUGGACGUACCCCUGGCUCUAGAGGAAGAAGGACUCCUGAGGCUGGCGUACGAGGGGUGAAGACAGGAGGAGGCCGGAGGCAGCUGGUCCGCAUGGCUGCAUUACAAAGUCCCUUUGCCUCCCCAAACACACAGAACCAGAGGAAAAAGUUUGACAGCGAGUUGGAGACAGUGUCCAGUGGGAUCAGGAGGCUCAAACAUCUGUCCAGGGCCUUCGACAACAUAAUUGGCAGAGACAACGGGAGCAGUACAAAGGAACGUUCUGGAGGAGCAGUGAUGAGAAAGUUGGACCCCAGCGGUAAACUCAGUCGCUCAAACCUGACACGUCGAGCAACGAACCUCUCAAACACUCUGGGAGGUUUGGCCCACACAGCUGUGAACACUAUUUGCAAACCCAACUGAGCUACAAUCAUGCCUGUGUGUAAAACACAGAUCCUUUUUGGAGCCAUGUUUCACACUUAUCUUUAUUGAGGUAUCAGUUAUAUUUUACUUAUAGUGUUGCCAGUAUGAUACUGGGAGUUACAUGGCAGCUUGUCUUCUCUUUUUUAUAUAUAUGUUGUGUGUAGUUGGAAACAUUCAAGUAAUUCUUGUUUGUUUGCAUGUCUCAGGUUAGCUGGUUGUAGGUAAAAUAUCCUCAGUGUAGCUGCCAAAGGGAUUUCUGUAUUGUUUAUGUACCCGUUAUAGCUGCUACAACCAAAUGUCUGUUACAUUUUCAAGAUACUAAUAUUAUUGUUUGUAUUCUCACUCUGUGCUUAGAAACAUGGUUUCCAGUUUAUACAAUUUACUUUAUAAGAAAAGACUUUUUGUAUUUUAGAACAAACCCUAAAGUUCUUGACAAACGGGAGAUUCAUAUUCCUGUAUUUUAUAUGUAUGCAAUAAUGUACCUAACAUUUGUUUGUCCUUUUUUAAAAUGUCAAUUGAUUAUGCCAAACUGUAAAGUUUAUUUUCUAUAGAAGGGGACUUUUUUAUAUAUAAUAGCUUAGGUAGUAAGACUUUUUCAUUUUUCCUUGAGGCCGGGCUUCUUACUAUUAAUGGCCCGUGGAUGAUUCAUGCAUCAAUACUUUACACAUAAAUCAUUUGAUAAUGUAAUGGGGGAAGAUGUAAUGACUCGUUACCUUAUGUCAACGAUGAUGAUGUUAUAAAGCCAUAUCCAGCAGGUUAUUAGAGCUGUGACUUUCAAACAAACAGCCUUAAAUGAAGCGAAACACUUUUCCUCUCUGCCAUUUCUAUGUAUUGGUACCUGUUUUCUGCAAUAACGAGAGAAAGGGAGAUUCCCAAAUGUGAAGAAAAAAAAUUGUUCAAUAAAACCUGUACGCUUCAAC